AUGCGCGAGCAGCAAGAAAAACUCCAAGUCAGCGGUUUUAAGGCCAUCUGUCUUGACAGCUCGCAGGCAAUCGAUGUCGGACUAUUACGUCGUUCAUGGGGCAAGGACUCUCGCAAGGCCUAUGCUCGUCUCGGAGAGUUCCGCGGAAUAGCCCCAGCCCAUGUCGCGUUUGUAGCCAUGUCAGCUACUCUCCCUGGUCCGAUUCUGCGGGAGAUGAAACAGAGCAUUGGGUUCUACAACAACAUCCCAGUUUACAACGUCGGCAACAACCGUCCAAAUGUCAGGCUUGAGGAAGUGCGGAAUUACUUGUGGAACCUGAGGAGCAGGGUCGCCGACGACGAGCAGGACAUCAUCAAAUCCUUUCAUUCGCUUUAUUCCGAUGAGUACAAGUCUACAAGUCUACAACACUUCCGGGAAGGCAGGAUCAAAAUCUUGCUAUCGACUGAGACUGCAGGGAUGGAAUGCGACAUUAAUAAUGUUGUCCGUGUCAUCCAGUUCAAGGAGCCGUCUACUAUAUCGUGUCUUGUCCAGCGUUUUGACCGAGCUGCGCGCGAUGUGUCCAUGCAAGGUCAUGCGAUUCUCCUGGCGAGUCACAGGAAUAAGGCUAGACGUAGGACCGACAAGGCCAAUCGCGGGAAUAACAACAUGGACUUCCAAAGGCGACCCGGAUAUCAAAACGUUUAUCGAGACUACAGCUUGUCGACGGCAGGUCCUUAA